AACGCGUCCCAGCUGUGCACGGUUCUGCAGCUUCUCUCUCGCUUGCCCUCUUGAUUAAAGGGUUAGCAGAGGAGGAAACCGCCCCUCCUGUGGGUCCACCAUGGCGGACAUCAAAAACUUCCUGUAUGCUUGGUGUGGAAAGAAGAAGCUCACUCCUAACUAUGACAUCCGAGCUGCAGGAAACAAGAACCGACAGAAAUUUCUGUGUGAGGUCCGAGUUGAAGGCUUCAACUACACCGGGAUGGGAAACUCCACCAACAAGAAGGAUGCUCAGACCAACGCUGCCAGGGAUUUUGUUAAUUAUCUGGUUCGAGUGGGACAAAUGAGUGCAGCUGAGGUUCCAGCUGUUGGGGUGAGCGCUCCGGUGGCAGAUGCACCUGACGCUGGAGGAGAUAAUGGCGGUUUCGGAAACCUCCCCUCUCAUGGUCCUCUACCGCCUCACCUUGUAGUGAAGGCUGAGCAAGGGGAGGAGGGAGGCAGCGGUGGCCCAGUCCCUGGAGUGACUGGCCUCGGUUAUUCAGGAGGAGGAGUUGGUGGUGGGGGGGCACAGUGGGACCGAGGAGCCAAUCUAAAGGAGUACUACACCAAGAGAGAUGAGCAAGAGGCCCAGGCGACUCUGGAAUCAGAAGAGGUGGAUCUGAAUGCUAAUCUUCACGGUAACUGGACUCUGGAGAACGCUAAAGCCCGUCUGAACCAGUUCUUCCAAAAGGAAAAAACCAGUGCUGAGUAUAAAUACAGCCAAGUGGGACCGGACCACAACAGGAGUUUCAUCGCAGAGAUGCAGCUGUUUGUCAAACAGCUCGGCAGAAGGAUCACUGGUCGGGAACACGGCUCCAACAAGAAGCUGGCCGCUCAGUCCUGCGCUCUGUCUCUGGUCCGACAGCUGUACCACCUGGGGGUCAUCGAGCCCUACUCUGGAGUCACCAAGAAGAAAGAGGGAGAAGCUUUGGAGGCGUUUGAUGUCAACGUGUCCGCGGACCUGCAGCAGCAGCUGGCCUCAGUGGUCCAGGAGCUUGGAAUUCAAAUCCCUCCACCUCCCUCAGACCCCAGCAGCCCCGUGUCCCUGAUUCAGGGGAAAAUGGCGACGUUCGAGCCAUCGCAGCGUCAGAGCACAGCCGGUGUCGUCCCAUGGUCGCCGCCACAGGUCAACUGGAACCCCUGGACCAGCAGCAACAUCGACGAGGGACCGCUGGCCUUUUGCACCCCUGAGCAGAUCAGCAACGACCUGCAGAAUGAGCUGAUGUACCAACUUGAACACGACACCAACCUGCAGGCGAUUCUGUCGGACCGCGAGCAGCUGCCCGUCAAACAGUUCGAGCAGGAGAUCAUGCAGGCUGUGGACAACAACCCCGUGGUGAUCAUUCGAGGAGCGACAGGCUGCGGUAAAACCACUCAGGUCCCUCAGUACAUCAUGGACCGCUUCAUCAAGGGAGGCCGAGCGGCCGACUGCAACAUCGUGGUCACCCAGCCCCGACGGAUCAGCGCCGUCUCUGUGGCCGAGCGGGUCGCCUAUGAGAGAGGAGAGGAUCUGGGGAAAAGCUGCGGCUACAGCGUCCGCUUCGAGUCCGUCCUCCCUCGACCCCACGCCAGCGUCCUCUUCUGCACUGUCGGAGUUCUUCUGCGAAAGCUUGAAGCAGGAAUCAGGGGCAUCAGCCAUGUGAUCGUUGAUGAGAUCCACGAGAGGGACAUCAACACCGACUUCCUGAUGGUGGUCCUCAGAGACGUGGUCCAGGCCUUUCCGGAGGUGCGCAUCAUCCUCAUGUCGGCCACCAUCGACACCACCAUGUUCAGAGAGUACUUCUUCAACUGUCCCAUCAUCGAGGUGUUCGGACGCACCUUCCCCGUUCAGGAAUAUUUCCUGGAGGACUGCAUCCAGAUGACCAACUUUGUCCCUCCACCAAUGGACCGCAAGAAGAAGGACAAAGAAGAGGAGGGGGGAGACGAUGACACCAACUGUAACCUGGUGUGUGGGGAGGAGUACACGGCGGAGACGAAGCGCUCCAUGGCUCAGAUCAACGAGAAGGAGACGUCCUUCGAGCUGGUGGAGGCUCUGCUGAAGUACAUCGAGACGUUGCAGGUCGCCGGAGCCGUGCUCAUCUUCCUGCCCGGCUGGAAUCUCAUCUACUCCAUGCAGAGGCACCUGGAGACCAACCCGCACUUCGCGAGUAACCGGUACAGGAUACUGCCGCUUCACUCUCAAAUCCCCCGGGAAGAGCAGAGGAGGGUGUUCGAGCCAGUUCCUGAUAACAUUACGAAGGUGAUUCUGUCCACCAACAUCGCAGAGACGAGCAUCACCAUCAAUGACGUGGUCUACGUCAUCGACUCUUGCAAGCAGAAGGUGAAGCUCUUCACCUCCCACAACAAUAUGACCAACUACGCCACCGUGUGGGCUUCCAAGACCAACCUGGAGCAGAGGAAAGGUCGAGCCGGCCGAGUCCGACCGGGAUUCUGCUUCCACCUGUGCAGCCGCGCUCGACUGGAGAGGCUCGAGACUCACAUGACUCCAGAGAUCUUCAGGACUCCGCUGCACGAAGUGGCUCUGAGCAUCAAGCUGCUGAGGCUCGGAGCCAUCGGGCAUUUCCUGUCCAAAGCUAUCGAGCCGCCACCGCUGGACGCCGUCAUCGAGGCUGAACACACUCUGAGAGAGCUGGACGCCCUUGACGCCAACGAUGAGCUGACCCCUCUUGGGCGCAUUCUGGCCAAGCUGCCAAUCGAACCUCGUCUGGGGAAGAUGAUGAUCAUGGGUUGCAUCUUCCACGUUGGCGACGCCAUGUGCACCAUCUCCGCCGCCUCCUGCUUCCCCGAGCCGUUCAUCAGCGAAGGCAGACGUCUCGGCUUCGUCCACAGAAACUUUGCCGGCAGCCGAUUCUCUGACCACGUGGCGCUGCUGUCCGUCUUCCAGGCGUGGGAUGAGGUCAGAAUCAAUGGCGAGGAGGCAGAAAACCGCUUCUGUGAGCACAAACGUCUCAACAUGUCCACUCUGAGGAUGACCUGGGAGGCCAAAGUCCAGCUCAAAGAAAUCCUGGUCAACACCGGAUUCCCCGAAGAGUGUCUGCUGACGCAGAUGUUCAACAAUGUGGGCCCAGACAACAACCUGGACUUGGUGGUUUCCCUGCUGACCUUCGGACUUUACCCUAACGUCUGUUACCACAAAGAGAAGCGGAAGAUCCUGACCACCGAGGGGCGCAAUGCUCUCAUCCACAAAUCCUCGGUUAACUGCCCCUUCAGCAGCCACGACAUGACCUACCCAUCCCCGUUCUUUGUCUUUAGCGAGAAGAUCCGAACCAGGGCAAUCUCGGCUAAAGGUAUGACUCUGGCGAGCCCGCUGCAGCUGCUCCUGUUCGCCUGCAAGAAGAUCAGCUCCAACGGAGAAAUCAUGGAACUGGAUGACUGGAUCAAACUGCGAAUCCCUCACGAGGUGGCGGGGGGCGUGGCGGCCCUCCGGGCGGCCCUGGAGGCUCUGGUGGUGGAGGUGACCAAAGACCCGGAGUACAUCAGACAGAUGGACCCGACGAACGAGCGACUGCUGAACGCCAUCAGACACGUGUCCAAACCGUCGGCUUGCGGCCUCAACCUGAUGGUCAGCAACCAGAGGAUGGGCGACGGGCCGCGACCUCCGAAGAUGGGGCGCUUCGAUGGAGGAGGGGGAGGAGGCGGCGGUGGAUAUAGAGGAGGAUGGGGAGGCUACAGAGGUGGAGGAGGAUACGGCGGAGGCGGCGGCGGAUACAGAGGUGGAGGAGGAUACGGCGGAGGGGGCGGAGGAUACAGAGGAGGGGGAGGAUAUGGCGGAGGGGGUGGGGGAUACAGAGGAGGGGGUGGAUACAGAGGGGGAGGCGGCUAUGGUGGAUAUGGUGGAGGUGGAGGAGGAGGAGGCUACAGAGGUUAUGGGGGAGGUGGAGGCGGCUACAGAGGAGGAGGAGGAGGUGGUGGUGGUUAUUAACACUACUAAACAUGUCCACUGUAAGAAAUGUGAUGGUCUCCUUCAGUCCAGUUCCAGGGAUCCAUCUUCCUUCUUUUUGUGUAGAAAUUAUUUGUGCCGACAGGAGAACAGCGAGAGAAAAAUUACCUCGAGCAGCUGAAAUCUCUUGUAUUGUUUUGAUUCUUUAGAAAUGUUUGCAUUCCCAAUAAAGUCUGAUUCCGAAGU